AGCGGAAACGGACGAGAGGUCAGGGUAGGUUUUUGAAGAUGGCGGCCCUCAAGGCUCUGGUGUCCGGCUGUGGGCGGCUUCUCCGUGGGCUACUAGCGGGCCCGGCAGCGACCAGCUGGUCUCGGCUUCCAGCUCGCGGGUUCAGGGAAGUGGUGGAGAUCCAAGAAGGGAAGACAACUAUAAUUGAAGGCCGUAUCACAGCGACUCCCAAGGAGAGUCCAAAUCCUCCUAACCCCUCUGGCCAGUGCCCCAUCUGCCGUUGGAACCUGAAGCACAAGUAUAACUAUGACGAUGUUCUGCUGCUUAGCCAGUUCAUCCGGCCUCAUGGAGGCAUGCUGCCCCGAAAGAUCACAGGCCUAUGCCAGGAAGAACACCGCAAGAUCGAGGAGUGUGUGAAGAUGGCCCACCGAGCAGGUCUAUUACCAAAUCACAGGCCUCGGCUUCCUGAAGGAGUUGUUCCGAAGAGCAAACCCCAACUCAACCGGUACCUGACGCGCUGGGCUCCUGGCUCCGUCAAGCCCAUCUACAAAAAAGGCCCCCGCUGGAACAGGGUGCGCAUGCCCGUGGGGUCACCCCUUCUGAGGGACAAUGUCUGCUACUCAAGAACACCUUGGAAGCUGUAUCACUGACAGAGCAGUGCUUCCAGAGUUCCUCCUGCACCUGUGCUGGGGAGUAGGAGGCCCACUCACAAGCCCUCGGCCACAACUAUACUCCUGUCCCACCCCACCACGAUGGCCUGGUCCCUCCAACAUGCAUGGACAGGGGACAGUGGGACUAACUUCAGUACCCUUGGCCUGCACAGUAGCAAUGCUGGGAGCUAGAGGCAGGCAGGGCAGUUGGGUCCCUUGCCAGCUGCUAUGGGGCUUAGGCCAUGCUCAGUGCUGGGGACAGGAGUUUUGCCCAACGCAGUGUCAUAAACUGGGUUCGUGGGCUUACCCAUUGGGUGUGUGCUCACUGCUUGGGAAGUGCAGGGGGUCCUGGGCACAUUGCCAGCUGGGUGCUGAGCAUUGAGUCACUGAUCUCUUGUGAUUGGGCCAAUGAGUCAAUUGAAAGGAAUUCAUGGGCCAAACAGGUCCCAUCCUCUUCA